AUGCUUGUGCACUAUACCGGAAAUGUAUUGAGUGCUUCACGUGUGUCGGGUGAUGACCAGAUAUGUUCUUCAACAGAGUUAUGGAAGAUGAAGGAUGACAUGAAGAAAUGCUGCGGCGUAAGCAAAAGUCAAUAUAGGAAAUUCGAUUCAAUUGAAUUUAUACAUUUCAAUGUUCGAGUAUGGAAGGGCUGUCAAAAGGUCGGCGAGACGGAAUCACUUCAGAGAUCAGUCUGA